AUGAGGCCGUUUAGCCAUGCGGCGUUACUGAAUUCUAUGAGGAACGCAUGGGCUUGUGCCCAAGGAGUUACUUUUAAUAUCAAGGGGCCGAAUCUGUUCUUGGCGCAGUGCCACUGCCUUAGAGAUUGGAAGCGUGUCAUGGAGGGAGGCCCUUGGCAAUUUAGGAGGGAUCCGGUGCUCAUUGUGGAGUAUGAUGGUUUCACUAAUGUUUCUGAAUAUGCACUAGACAUGUAUCCCAUCUGGGCGAGGAUCAAAGUGCUGUCGGAUGGUCUAACAAGGAAGAGGGAGCUAGCUGAGAAAGUUGCCAAGAAGCUGGGUGGGCCGCCAUUUACUGUGGUAGUUAACGAGGGGACGAUCAAUCCCUCAAGUCACUUAAACGUGAGAGUAUUUGUGAAUGUGCAGAAACCUUUGGUGAGUUUCGUGCAUAUAACGCUCAAGGAGAUGAAAAGAUACCCAGUCACCUAUGAGAAACUGCCGGAUUUCUGUUACUUUUGUCGCUGCAUGGGUCACGUGGUUGAGGAGUGUGGUGAUGGGAUCCAUGACCCAGCUGAUUGUGAUUGGGGGGACUGGUUGCAUUGGGCAAAUGAGCCGGUCAUAUCAGGAGGCGGUGGAGGCCGUGGAAGGGGUUGGUCGGCUGCGGGUCAGGGUUCGGGUGGGGCAAGAGGAGCUAGUAGAGGGGGUGGUAGAGGAGGCGGGGGUUUAGGAGGAAGAGGAGGAGUGGAUAGGUGA